CCUCCCAGCGCCAGGAUGGCCACCAUCACCUGCACACGCUUCACGGAAGAGUACCAGCUCUUUGAGGAACUGGGAAAGGGAGCCUUCUCAGUGGUGCGCAGGUGUGUGAAGGUGCUGGCUGGCCAGGAGUAUGCUGCCAAGAUCAUCAACACCAAAAAGCUUUCAGCCAGAGACCAUCAGAAGCUGGAGCGCGAAGCCCGCAUCUGCCGCCUGCUGAAGCACCCCAACAUUGUCCGGCUCCACGACAGCAUCUCUGAGGAGGGCCACCAUUACCUGAUCUUCGACCUGGUCACUGGCGGGGAGCUGUUUGAGGACAUUGUGGCCCGGGAGUAUUACAGCGAGGCGGAUGCCAGUCACUGUAUCCAGCAGAUCCUGGAGGCUGUGUUGCAUUGCCACCAGAUGGGGGUGGUGCACCGGGACCUGAAGCCGGAGAAUCUGUUGCUGGCCUCCAAGCUCAAGGGCGCCGCAGUGAAGCUGGCGGACUUUGGCCUGGCCAUUGAGGUGGAGGGGGAGCAGCAGGCGUGGUUCGGGUUCGCAGGGACACCUGGAUACCUCUCCCCAGAAGUGCUGCGGAAGGACCCUUACGGGAAGCCAGUGGAUCUGUGGGCCUGUGGGGUCAUCCUGUACAUCUUGCUGGUUGGGUACCCCCCGUUCUGGGAUGAAGACCAGCACCGUCUGUACCAACAGAUCAAAGCCGGAGCCUAUGAUUUCCCAUCACCAGAAUGGGAUACCGUCACUCCAGAAGCCAAGGAUCUGAUCAAUAAGAUGCUGACUAUCAACCCGUCCAAACGUAUCACGGCCGCCGAGGCGCUCAAGCACCCAUGGAUCUCGCACCGGUCCACCGUGGCCUCCUGCAUGCACAGACAGGAGACCGUGGACUGCCUGAAGAAGUUCAACGCCAGGAGAAAACUGAAGGGGGCCAUCCUCACCACUAUGCUGGCCACCAGGAACUUCUCUGGAGGGAAGAGUGGAGGAAACAAGAAGAACGAUGGUGUGAAGAAAAGAAAGUCCAGUUCCAGCGUUCAGUUAAUGGAAUCUUCAGAGAGCACCAACACCACCAUUGAAGACGAAGACACCAAAGUGCGGAAACAGGAAAUUAUAAAAGUGACAGAGCAGCUGAUUGAAGCCAUAAGCAAUGGAGAUUUUGAGUCCUACACGAAGAUGUGUGACCCUGGGAUGACGGCCUUUGAACCCGAGGCUCUGGGGAACCUGGUCGAGGGCCUGGACUUCCAUCGAUUCUAUUUUGAAAACCUGUGGUCCCGGAACAGCAAGCCUGUGCACACCACCAUCCUGAAUCCCCACAUCCACCUGAUGGGUGACGAGUCAGCCUGCAUCGCCUACAUCCGCAUCACGCAGUACCUGGACGCGGGCGGCAUCCCCCGCACGGCCCAGUCAGAGGAGACCCGCGUCUGGCACCGCAGGGACGGCAAAUGGCAGAUCGUCCACUUCCACAGAUCUGGGGCACCCUCCGUCUUGCCCCAUUGAAGGAGCAGGCUAGAGAGAUCCACUCUUCAUCCAUGGAAUGUGGCUGCUGGUUCUCUCACUUGGAUUUUGCUGGAAUUCCCCCCAUCACGUCACCCCGUCAUUGUCACCUUCUUUCAUACCUACGUCGAGAAAACCUGUCUGUUGGCAAAAGCCAUCACGACUUCAGAGCAAACGGCUGCCUCUCCCUGCCCCCGCGUGCCACUCUGGCUCUCUGUCCCCUGCCAGGGCGGGGCUUCCUCAGGCCUGGGUGCCCUGGGUGCUGGCCCCGAGGACACCCCCACCCGGCUAUCAUUGGCCUGGUCUUGCCUUGGCCGUAAGCCAGAAUGCCCAGCAGUGCGUUCACCCAGGGGCUGGGGAGAAGGAGGGGCAGAGUCAGGAGGAAUGUGGCAUCGCCUGUCCCUCUCGCUCCUCUUCGGGGGGCCCCCUGGGGAAGGGCAAGUGGAUCCCCAAUCCCCUGAGCCAGCCUCCCCUGCAGGAGAGGGUGAGAGAGGAGCAGAUGAGAGGAGCCCCCUGCCUCGAACUGCCUCCCUGACUCUUCUCCCGGCCCGUCCUGCCCUCCUGGUCCCUGACUCCCCCUUCUCCCUCGGCGUGGGGAGCGGGGUCCUCUCAGGGUGCCCCCACUUCCUUCCUUCUGCCUUCUGCUGAUGUUUACCUCCAACAUUAACCGCCCAUUCCGCCCUUCCAUCAGGCCCGGAGAAUUCCAGCUUCGUCAGAUCUAAGGGAGAGAAUCUGAUUGCUUUUUGGGGGCAAAAGAAAGCAACAUUUAGGUAUCACUUCUACUUGGACCGCAUGCCUUUUUAUAGCCAAACUUCUGUGUGUUUCGUAAAUGGAUUUCGCAUUAAUGGAUAUUUCUGUAAUAACUCCACCUCUCCAAUUAUUGUGAGGAGGAUUGCGUUGGACUGGGAAGAGAGGUGGGAAGAGGGAUGAAGGGUAGUUUUUUUCUGUUCUAGGUCUUUUUUUUUUCUUCUUUUUUUCAUGUCAUCUCUGAGAUGGACUUUGUCACCUGUGGUUAUCUGGGGCCGAGGUGGACUCAGCCCCGGGGGAAGGGCCUCUCUGACAUUUUGGUCUCAAGGAUCCUUUCAGGACUGUAGACGCAUCAGAUGUUAGUGCUGAUGAGAAACAGCAAAUCAGGGCAGAGAGAGUGGGGAGGUUGUUGGGAUGGAAAUAUGUGGACUUCUCUUUGCUUGCCUCCCAAACCGGGGUCCUUACGACCAUGCUUCCCAGGAUUUCAUCUGACCCCAUCUGUGUGCCACCGCAGUGUCCCCCACCCAUCUCUGGGGGGUUCACAGCGUUUGUCUUCAUUGCCUCGCCCCUCGGCAUCUGCUGGUCCAAGCAGAGCACUGGAAUUCCUGCUCUCCACACCUCGUCCUGCAUCCUGGGUUCGCAUCUCUCUCUCUCUUUCUUUUCCUUUCUCUCUCCCUCUUCUCCUGGGAUUGACUCAGAUGUGGAAUGCCUCAGCACAUCCACCAGGACCUACUGUCUGCACUGUUUUCUUUGCAUGACUUUAUAUGCAGUAAGUAUGUUGAAAAAAAAAAAGAAAAGAAGAAAAAACACUCAGCAAAACCAAUCUACAUGUUUUGGACAAAAAAAAAAAAAACCAAUAGAGGUUGUAUUCUCAGUGUC